GCCAGGAUGUCCACGGACGGUGGUUUUGGCACGGCCGGGAGCAGCGAUGCCCAGCAGAGCCUCCAGUCCUUCUGGCCAAGGGUGAUGGAGGAAAUCCGUAACCUCACCGUGAAAGAUUUCAGAGUUCAGGAGCUGCCCCUGGCUCGGAUUAAGAAGAUCAUGAAGCUGGAUGAAGAUGUGAAGAUGAUCAGUGCAGAAGCCCCUGUGCUGUUUGCCAAGGCUGCUCAGAUUUUCAUCACCGAGCUGACGCUGCGAGCCUGGAUCCACACCGAGGACAACAAGCGCAGGACCCUGCAGAGGAAUGACAUUGCCAUGGCCAUCACCAAGUUUGAUCAGUUUGAUUUCCUGAUUGAUAUCGUCCCCAGGGAUGAGCUGAAGCCUCCAAAAAGGCAGGAGGAGGUGCGCCAGGCUGUCACCCCGGCCGAGCCCGUGCAGUAUUACUUCACCCUGGCCCAGCAGCCAGCAAUCGUGCAGGCUCAGCCCCAGGGCCAGAGCCAGCAGGCUCAGAGUGGAACAGGCCAAACCAUGCAAGUGAUGCAGCAAAUCAUCACCAACACAGGAGAAAUCCAGCAAAUCCCGGUCCAGUUGAAUGCUGGCCAGCUGCAGUAUAUCCGCUUAGCCCAACCCGUGUCAGGCACCCAGGUAGUCCAGGGGCAGAUCCAGACGCUUGCAACCAAUGCACAGCAGAUAACACAGACAGAGGUACAGCAGGGGCAGCAGCAGUUCAGCCAGUUCACAGAUGGACAGCAGCUGUACCAGAUCCAGCAGGUGACGAUGCCCGCGGGCCAGGACAUCGCCCAGCCCAUGUUCAUCCAGUCCAGCAGCCAGAGCUCGGACAGCCAGCCCAGCCAGGUGCCAGGGGACUGAGCUGGGCCGUGCCCACGGGCACCCUGAGCACCUCUGCACGCCCAGCUGGCUGAGCAGCACAGCUGAGAGUCAGCCUGCAGCGCGGCAAUACCCACAACUGCCAGCAGACUCUGCCAAGAAUGCAAGAUUUUUAUUUCCCAAACCAGUCCGUGUGUGUCCGGCUGCUUUUCCAAACCCUGAGACAACCCAUCCGAAGGGAUUUGGAGCAUCUCAUUGAACAAAUGUGGGAAAUGUUCUUAUUUCUAGGAAAAUGCUGAGGGUACUGCUCCUGUCAGAGCUCUAUUCCUGCUGUUGUAUUUUUUUUUUUUCCUCUGGAUAGAGCUAGGUUUGGUCCUCCCAUCUCAGUGGGUUUUAAAGAUUUUUUUUUGGGGGGGGUGAGUGUGUGUGGUUUAGAUUUUCCCCUCAUGCCUCCUUUUUUUGGAGCAUUUGCUGUAUGCAGGAAAUAGGAGGAGGAGGAAUUGAAGUAAAACUAAAUAAACAAAAACAUUCCUUGUAUUAUGAUUGUAUUUUCUAAGGGCAAAAAAAAAAAAUUCCUUGAAUUUGGCUUCUGGAUUCCAGAAAAUUGAUGGAAUCUGGACAAAACCCCAGCCCUGCUGUUACCUGUUGUCCUGGCUUUGGUCCAUGCAUGUAAUAUAAGCUUCAUAAAAGGAAAUAAAUUUGCUUU